GUCGCCCAGUGGCUGCGGGGGCCGAGCCGCGUCCUGAAGAGUUCCGAGGAGUGGCCUCGGCACCCGCCGCGAGCCCGGGUCAGCGCGACCUACGACGACUGGUGCGAAAUCGUCUCGGAGUUGCAUCGCCGCGGAGGUGCGCGGGCGAUUCCGGAGUCACUGAUCUUCGCGCCUCGAGGCGAGUUGUGCCUCAACGGAGCGUUCGGGGUCGUGCGACCCAAGGACGCGCUUGCGCCUAGAGGGCCUGGCCUCCGGCUCAUCGUCAACCUGAUCCCCGCCAACAGCUACGUGCAGGAGCAUUUGGGGGAGGUGAGCGACCUGCCCAUGAUCGGCCAGUGGACGUCGGUUGCCCUCCUGGAGGGGCAGGUUUUGUGGAUCAAUUCGGAUGGCCAGAAGGGUUCCUUCCAGGAACACUUGUUCAGGGUUCCCGACGCCUGGCAUGGCUUCUUCGCCUUCGAGAAGCAGGUUCCGGGUACGUGCGUCGGACUUGGAACCUCGGAGCCCACGUGCGUGGCGAUCGCUGUGUGCCCGAUGGGAUGGCUCUUGGCUGUUAAGGCUAUGCAGGCAGCAGGGCGUUAUUUAGCUGUGGAGCCUGCCCCUGAGGGUGCGGGGCUAACCGCCGCAGAGCAUCGAGGGAACCAGGCGAUGCCCCUCCGACCAUCCUCGAAAACACAGUCGUUGUUCCACGUCUACCUCGACAACUGGGACCAGUUCACGAUCGGCAACAGGGAGGAGCUCGACGCCAGGCGGGGGCGCCCGUCCGCCGAGCAGCUGCGCCUCCGAGGCGCUUGGGCUGCCCGCGGCACCUUGCGGUCAGAGGGUAAGGAGGUCGUCAGUGAACCGAUCGCUCCGUCUCUCGGUACCUUGUGGGACGGAGAGAGGGGCGUGCAGGGGCCGGAGCCGAAGCGAAUCUGUUUCGUAUUGUACCUCAUAUUGUACACGGUCUCUCGGCCGCGAGUUACCCAGUUGCUCCUCUCGGAGGCUUUGGGGCACAUCUGCCAUGUAUGCUCUUGGCAGCGGCCGCUCUUCAGCGCGUUCGGGGCCGCGUUCCACGCGGCCCAGUGCGCACCGCCGCUCCCGCUCGCCGAGGAGGUCAUCGACGAGCUGCUGACCGUGGCCUGCGUGCUGCCGAGCUGCGUUGUGGACCUGCGCGCGGCGAUUGACCCGAGGCCAGUCGUUUUGCAUGCGAGCGAGUAUGGGGGCGGAGCUUGUGAGGCCUGCGGGCUCACGCCUGUUGGCGCGCAGAUUGCAGACCUCUGCCUUCGCGAGGUGAGCUGCGUCGUCGAGGCUUGCUCGGCGCUCGAGGCCAUUGCCGUGGACUCGAUCUCGGCCCACCUGGGCGUCAAGCCGUUGCUGCUGGACGCGAGGAAGCUCACGCUUGUCGCCCGGUCUUCGCUGUUCUGGUGCGUGGGUUUCGACCCUCGGUGCUUGAGCUCUCUGGAGGUCGUUGGCUCGGCGGGGGCCAGUUCAGCGCAGGUCACCACCAUCGUGUGCCACGACCGCGCCGUCGCAGGCCUGCUGAAUCCGGGCGCCCUGAGGGUGGACGGACGCGCAGCGGCACGUGUCCCUGGUGGUCGCUCCCGCCGGCUGCCCAGCCCUGCCGCCGGCGCAGUCCACAACUUCUCCGGGGAGUUGGUGUUGGAGGGCGGAUCUAGACGCGCACUCGUGCCAGACGAGUUGGAGCGACUGCUCGGCUUCUGCGCUGGCCACGCGCGCGAAGCCUUGGGGAAAGGGAGCAAAUCGGCGGUCGAGAAGCUACUGCGUGGUGCUCGACUUCCGCUCCUGGACGGCGCCACCAGCCCGUUCGUUCUCAGCCUCCUGCUGCAGGGCCUCGCGUGCAGCGUGAUGGAGGAGCUGCCAGCAGGUUGGUCGGCCGACCACGCCGUAUUCUACGAGUUUUUCAGGAAUUGCGAUGUCCGCGUCGGGGACGCGAUCAGCGGCAUGCAGGCCCGCAUUCCGGCCCUCCGGAAACACCUCCCGGGGAGCUGGCUCAUGCUCAAACCAUGGAAGAACAAGGAGCUGCCGGUCCAGGCGCCUCCGCUACCCCCAGUUCUCGCGUGGGGCCUUGUGGGCCUCGCGCUGGAGGCGGGGUUUCCAGGGGUCGCCUGCGUUUUCGCCGUGGCUUGGCACUGCGUGCUCCGGACUUCUGAAGCAUUUAGCCUGCAGGCCUCGAACAUCACGCUCGGGCACGCCACGUCCGUCGUCGCAUUGGCGGUCGCGAAGAAGGGGCUCCGGGAUGCAGUCACUAUUUUCGACCCGUCUGUGCCUGGAGCGGCGCUGGUCUACGUAGACCAAUCCCUCUUCUCUUCGAAG